AUGAACUGGCCUGGUACAGGAGAUGAAGAGAGCGUCGUGUACGAGAGCAGUACUCCUGUCACAGAACAGGCACUCUGGAAAAGCGUUAAACAGAACCCUCGUUUGGCCAUAUGCAGCUUCUCAUUAGCUGCCAGUGCGCUUCUCUACGGCUAUGAAGUGGUCUUCGUCGGCUCUGUCGCCGCUCUACCAGCCUUCAAGCAAGAAUUUGGAAAGAAAGACGACAACGGCGACUAUAUCGUCCCCUCGGUUUGGCUAUCGCUAUGGGCAGUGUCUGGCCCGCUCGGCACAGCUGUAGGCUCCCUGCUUGGAGGAUGGGCACAAGACAGGUUUGGGCGCAGAUUGACCUUCGGGGUAGCCAGCAUCUGGCAAGCUGCCAGUAUCACCAUCUGUUUUCUGGCGGAUGAGGCAGGUUCGACUUCAAGUCGUGGAGGUGCCUACUUUGGAGGAAAACUUGCGCAGGGCAUCGGGAUGGGCGGAAUACUGUCGGCGAUGCAAACUUAUGUGUCAGAAAUCCUGCCUACGCCCCUUCGUGGACCUAUCCUGUCAUUGGGCGCGCCCCUGUUUCUCUUGGGCCAGUUUGUCGGAUCGCUCGUCAUCAAAGCAGGCGUGGACCUACCUAAUCGGAAUUCAUACAGAGUCCCAAUCGCAGUGCAAUGGGUUCUCUCCAUUAUCCCCUUUCUCGUCACGGCUUUUCUCCCAGAAAGCCCGGUGUGGCUCAUGCGCAAGUCGAAAUGGGAGGCCGCAAAAUCAGCGUGUCGCCGUCUCGGAGGAGAACAGUCUACUCGUUUAUACAACCGCCUGCAGGAUGAGAGCACACAACGUGAGAGAUAUCGCAUGGCUGCCAAUGAUAUUUCAUACUGGGACCUGUUUAGGAAGCGCUCCGAUGCUAAGAGGAGCGCAAUAAUUGUCUUCGCCAACCUGAUUCCAGAGUUCUUUGGCCUCCCCUUGCUUGGACACUCUAGCUACCUGUUGGAGGUUAUAGGAAUGGACGCUCACAAAGCAACAACCUACUUUAUCGGCGGUGUGGUUGCUGCCAUUAUUACAAACUUUGUGGCAUUCUGGCUGCUGUCCAGAGUUGGGCGACGGCCGUUGCUCGUCUAUUCUAUGUUUGUUAUUACUAUACUUUGGGCAACAGUUGGUAUUGUGGGCUGCUUCGGCUCGGCUGGCGGAAACAUCUAUACUGCGGUUGGCCUGAUUCUUGUCAUCGCUACAGCUGGUCUCGGCGCGUGGCCUGUGUCAUACGCCAUAUCUGGCGAAACCUCCACAUUGCAUCUCCGCGCAAAGUCUCAGGGACUUGGAUGGUUUGUAAACUCGGCUGGGAGUGCAGUUUUCUCUGCGUUUCUCCCUUAUUUGUACAACUCUGAUGCUGCAAACUUGGGGGGGAAAAUUGGGUUUAUUUUCUGUGGAUUAUCUGGCCUGGCCUGUCUGGUUUCCUGGCUAUAUGUGCCAGAAAUGAAGGGCCUGACGGUGACCGAGGUGGAUGAAAUGUUUGAGUCGGAUCUGUCACAAGGAUCAAAAAUGCGCAGCAAAUGGAUACUACUAGCGCAUGAAGCAUGA